AGCUAUCAUCUUCUGUCAAUAGUAUCGUGAUAACCUUCACUAUUCUAUCUGACAUUCAUCUGUUGUGUUCUUGAUUAUAUUAUUAGGAAUCCACUAUAGUACAUUACUAUCAUACGCAAUGCUUUUCGCCCGUAGCUCGCGACUGGCUAUAUCCAGCACCAACUCCGCAUUGACAUCAUACUUUACCCGAGCUAGUUACCGACGCUUCUCAUCGACAUCUCCAGCUUCUUAUGAAUACAUUCUCACAGAAACACCCAAGCCGGGCGUUGGACUAAUCACUCUUAACCGACCCAAAGCUCUCAAUGCGCUAUGCAGCCCCCUCUUCCAAGAAUUGAAUGAUGCAUUGAGCAAAUAUGAUCAAGACAAGGAUAUUGGCGCUAUCGUCAUUACAGGCAGCGAAAAGGCUUUUGCCGCUGGCGCCGAUAUCAAAGAAAUGGCACCCUUGACAUUCUCAUCUGCUUAUUCCAAUAAUUUCAUUGCCCCUUGGUCUCAUCUAGCCAACAACAUCCGCAAACCCGUUAUUGCAGCCGUGUCCGGCUAUGCACUCGGUGGUGGUUGCGAACUCGCACUUAUGUGCGACUUUAUCUACUGCACAUCCAAUGCAACAUUCGGUCAACCCGAAAUCAAACUCGGCGUCACUCCCGGAGCCGGCGGCUCUCAACGCUUGACCCGUAUCAUCGGUAAGAGUAGAGCAAUGGACCUAAUUCUGACCGGCAAGAAUUUCAGCGGAAAAGAAGCUGGUGAAUGGGGUGUUGCUGCGCGUGUUAUUGAUGGUGGGAAAGAGGAGCUUUUGGCCGAGACUUUGAAGACUGCAGAGACAAUUGCCGGGUACAGCCAUGUUGCAGUUGUUGCGAACAAGGAGGUCGUUAAUAAGAGUCAGGAGUUGUCGUUGAGGGAAGGAGUGGAGUAUGAGAGACGGUUGUUCCAUGCCUUGUUUGGCAGCAAGGAUCAGAAGAUUGGUAUGACUGCUUUUGCGGAGAAGAAGAAGGCUGAAUGGUCACACGAGUGAUUAUGAUACGUAUAUGACAUGAUAUUGAUCUACUAGUUCUUGAGUAGAGAAUCAAUAUACGAUGGGCUCGAUGACAUUUUAGUACAUAGACCUCCGCAAAGGACUAGUUUCUGUUGCUCAUUUAUAUUAUGUUUAGACCAUCCAAGGAUCCGACGUAACAUCGACAUGAACAGGACAACAGUUUCUAGAUCAUCUUCUGCAACGUGAUAUACCCUUAUGCUCUUUCAGGGUCAGGGUUAGAUAUCUAUCAUAGUCCAACACAAUGCAUUAAUCUAGAGCUACUAUUAUAGCUGAAUAGAUAUCUCUUUU